GAAAGUAGCCUAGCACACGAGCACGACCCCAAACACUGAAACAUCCUGAACAGCUGGCAGUAAAUUAUUGUAAACACAUCUUUAAAUUUGUUAAAUUUUAACAAAAUUGGAAAAAUGGAAGCUCUUGUUUUUACUGACAACUCUACUGUUGAGUUUAUAAAGCAAGAGAACGAGGAAAUGGGGCUGAGUUUCGAAGACUUUGUUUCCUGGAUUAAAGAACCUCCAAACUACACCACAUUUAGAGUGAAUACAUUGCAUUACACUGUCAAAGAUGCCCUGCAAUUAAUUUCUGAAAACGUUGCUAAGACAGCUUUACAAAUCAAUGCAACGAGAUGUGCAGAAGUGUAUAUUAACAAAGACUUUCCAGAUGUUAUCAAUGUAGGAAGUUGGGAUUUUUCAAUUAAUGAAGCACCCUCAGAUGAGGUUGUCGUCGAUGCGUUUUGCGGGGCUGCAAUACUUCGAGGCUCACAUCUUUUUGCGCCCGGAGUCCUCGCUCUUCCUAAAGGCUCAGCAGUUGGUCAGCAAGUUUCAGUUUAUGCUGACUUGGAUGGCAUGUGCUUGCAAGGUACUGCCACCAAAUACAAAGGAAACAAGAUGCUUGUUGGAACAGGAAUUUUAGAACUUGAUAGAGAAAAACUCUUCAACAACAUUGCUGAAAAGCCAAAGGGAAUAGCUGUAAGAAUGACUUGGACAAGAAAAGGGAUAUUGUCUUUUGACUAUCCGAUUGGAAUGGGGCAACUCCAAAAUGUGCCCUCGUCAGCUGCCUCUUGGGAAUUAAAUCCGCUACCAGGUGACCUUGUUUUGGACAUGUGUGCUUCUCCAGGGAACAAAACCUCUCAUCUUGCCGCAUUGAUGAAUAACGAGGGGGUUUUAGUUGCCAUUGAUCGGACUGAGAAAAAGUGUAAUAUAAUCAGAGAGACCUGCGAUUCUUUUAAAGCAAAGUGCUUGGCAUUUUGCUAUGAUUCUUCCAAAUCUGUUUUGGAGGACGAUGAGCCAAAAAAGAAAAUAGAGGACGGACCACCUUUCAACCAGAAUUCUUUUGACAAGAUACUCUUAGACGCUCCUUGCAGUGCACUUGGUCAGAGACCGCAGCUCUUGAAUAAAAUCAGCGUGAAGCAGAUCAAAUCAAAUCCAACUUUGCAAAAGCGCCUUUUCAAAGCUGCUGUCAAAUUACUGAAACCUAAAGGAACUUUGGUCUACUGUACUUGCUCCACAACACUUGAGGAAAAUGAAGGAGUAGUGCAAUGGGCACUGCAAGAGUUUCAAGGAGUGCUUGCGCUGAUAGAAGCAAGGAAAAGAAUCACACCAGUGAUUCUACUGAAAAACGUGCCUGAAGACAUUUGUGCAAAAGUGCAGCGUUUUGGACCUCAAGUUGGCAGCGUGAGUGAGUACUGUGACUCCAUUGGGUUUUUCAUAUCUCGUUUUGUUAAAAUUUGAAUUGAUUGUACACCUAUACAAGUUACGAAAGGCUUUUUGCAAGGCCAUCGUGCAGUGGGGAAGUGAAAACAGGAAAUGGUUGCAGCCAUGUUCGAAUUCGCAUUUACAGUGGACAGACAUUAUUUCUGUCGGAAUCAAAUAUCAGUGCAGUCAAGCUCGCAAAAUGCUCCUCAGAGGAUUUUUCAUUUUUACCCUGUUCAUUAUAAUAUCGUUGACUAAUUGGGAUACGGUGGACUCGUUUGGAUGCGAUGAUUGCCCACCCCCACCACCUGAUGAUUGCUUUGCAUGCCCGCCGCGUCCAAAUGGUUGCGAAUUGUGCCCUGUUGUCAACUCCACUGAAACAGCAGAAACUUCAAAACCUACAAAAUCGAAAUCUGUAAACAACAAAUAAGUAUAUCUGGCGAAAAUCCUGUCGAAAAAUCGCGUUAAAUGUCAUUGGCCGCGAUGUUUUCAAUUUUUCAUUAUGUCAUUAUAGAAAAUGUUUUUACGAUAUGAUGGUUAUUGACAGCUAAAAAAUAAAUAUUAUUGGUCAUAAUUGGA